CAUUACGCAGUAAAUACGACAACAUAUAAAUCAAGUAAUCUAAUGCAAAUAAUCUCACAAGGUUUUUACAAUUAGAAUAAUAAUUAUUGUGAUCUCAUUGCAUACUUGCAGUCUGGUGAUAACUAAAGGAGAAGAAAAAUGUCGACUUUAGAAAAAUUGUACUCACCAAGCGAAUGGAGUAAAAGAUUUAAAUCACCCGAGAUGAUGUCUCGAUAUUUAAUUUUUGCAGCAGAUGUAACGAAAAAGGCACGAAACACUACGAAAUGCAUUUUGGAUAUUCCAUAUGGUUCAACAGAACGCACGAAAUACGAUAUUUAUGGAACAGAUUUGCCUGAUGACGCGCCAAUUUUAAUAUUUAUUCACGGUGGUUAUUGGCAAGAAUUUAGCAAAGAUUUCGCAGGGUUUGCGGUAUCAGUUCUCGUUAAAAAUAAAAUUAAAGUAGCAGUCGUCGGUUUUGAUUUAUGUCCCGACGUUAAAUUGAAAGACAUCGUUUCACAAAUCAAAAUUGCGGUAGAAAAGAUCGUAAGUUCUGCCCAAAAUUCCGGAUGUCGGUGCGUCUGGAUCGCUGGUCAUAGUUCCGGUGCACAUUUGACAGCCGCCCUAUUGCAUGAUACAAUAUGGAUUAAAUAUAUGACAGAAUUAGGAUACUUUAAAUUAAUUAAAGGUGUUUUGCUCAUUGGCGGAAUUUAUAAUAUAGAACCUGUUGUAAACACCUCAUACAACGAAGCUUUGAAACUUACGGAAGAUGAUAUUAAAGAAUUCAGUUUGACUACUCUUGACACUAAAGAAUAUGCUCCCAUUAAAAAUUUGAAAGUAAUUGUGACUGUAGGAGAGUAUGAUUCUCCUAUAUUUAUUAAUGAAACACGCGAAUAUGCUCAAGUAAGUGUACUUCUAUUGUAUAAAAUUAAUCAAAUUCUUAUGCGAUAUGAUAAAUUAAUUAAACACUGUUGUCUAUUUUAUUCUACUUUGUUUCUGUUUUGUUUUUGUUUCCAGAAAGCUAUGUCUUUCGUGGAUAAGGUAGAAUACAUCUUAUUACGUGACAUCGAUCAUUUUGACAUAGUAGAAAAUUUAUUGAAUGCUGAUUUUGUUUUAACACAGUUAAUAAUGCAACAUAUGAAUGCAUAAAAAUAUUAUUAUUACCUAAAAUAAAUAAUUUAAAAAAAAGAAAGAAUAC